CAUUCUUUCUCCUCUUUAACACCCCACCGACUUUCCAACGGCGCCAGCCCCCAAAAUGAAGCCACUAAGCCUCAUAAUGCUCGCUCUCGCGAGCGUUGCCGCUGGGUGGUGGGGACGGCGCGAACUCGAAGGCGACAGGCCGCCCUUUGCGUUACGCAGCAUCAUCUCAUGGGGCGGCUAUGCCCUACGGUCAAACUCGUGUCCUGCCGGCAACGCCAAAUGUGGCAAACAGAGCUGCUGCCCAAAUGGCACAACGUGCAACACGGGUGACGCAGAUUAUCCGAUCUGCUGCCCCAGCAGCGCGGAUUGUUCGUCUGUCGUCUCCGUUGUCUAUGCCUGUGCUGAUACCUCGUGGACCAUGUGGCAUUACCUUGGCGACUUUUGUUGCGCCGCCGAUGAAAUAGGCACGGCCGAUUAUCCCUAUGUCCAGUGCCUUGCAGCGACCCUCCCUAUACCGACAAGCAUUAUAGCGUCAUCGGUUGUCCAGCAGACGGGAGCCGGUGGGGUUUCCACGGGCUCUCCAGCUGGCACGGCUACAGACGGAGGCAAGGCUAGUUCAACCGGCACUUCCAGCCCCGGCGCAGGGCCCAACACGGACUCUGGUACAAGCUCUGGCCUAGGCAGCGCUGCUGAAAGUGCCCCCUUAGAUUCGGGGCUCUCGCAGGGCGCUCAGAUUGCAAUAGCCGUCCUCGCCACCUUCGCGGGACUCAUGGCAAUAUUCAUUGCAUGGAUCCUUUAUGACCGGGCCAAGACGAGGAGGGCCCUGUUGCUGCAGCAGCGCCAGUAUCCAGCGCCAUCCAUGUCCACGACUCCACAAACUUUGGCUCACCCGAGCCCGCCUGCGUAUGCGGGUUUGCCCCAGCACACGCAGGAGUUGCAUGGGCAGCCUGCUCCAUAUGUACUGGUGCAGCAGUUCGGAGGCGGCCAGGAGCCCGAAUUGGAUGCCCAGAGCCGGAGGGAGUGAGCCGUGAUUUGGGUAACCCCGAAUUUCGGCGAUGCUGAUAUUCUGAUGCUUCCUUCUGAUAAUACUCCCCAUCUUUGGCGAGUAACUACUGUUUGUGUGAGGUUCUUGAGAGGGGUGGUUGGUUGUGUUGUUAUGAAAGAUUGAGUGGUAAAUUUCAAGGAGUCGACCUCUUUUCAAAUGAAAGCUCAAGGAUUUAUACC